ACAGGCCACACCACAGCAUCAUUCUGAUAAGCGAAGCGAGUUGCGUUUGUGUGAUCGAUACCCCCACUCCCAGUCUCAGUCUCUCAGAACCACAGUGUGUGUGGCCCUCCGUUAAUGACAAAUUUUCAUCUCAUCAUCAAUUGGGAGUUGGGAGAUCAAAUUUACAGAAAGAUCGAAACAAGGACAGGGGAAAAGGGUGGAAGAAAGGGGAUGCAUGGAUCUUCAAUUUCAACUGAGAAGGACGACGACGAAUCAGAGUUUUUGGUCUAGAACCUCUGCUCCCAUCACAAAUCCCAGGAAACAAAGUCCUUAUCCUUCGCCUCUUAAACCCCAAUCUAAACGAAGCGAUUCCCAACAACCAUCUCCCAGAGGAGACGACAGCAACGACAGUAGCAACAAAGGAGACAGGUCAACGAUAGACUGGAACAAAGCUUGGUCUAGCUUUAGGAAGAAAGGGAAGAAGACUCUUUUUUCACAGUUCAAUCCAGAUAAGUAUGUGAGCUGGAAUCCGACGCGUUCGAAUUAUCCACUGUCAGAGGAGGUUGAUCCCAUCAAGAGAGCAGAGAGGUCAAACCUUAUGUUAUGGACCAGUCCAAGGUUUACUCUCAUUGGGGCCAUUGUUGUAGUCUCAUUUCUUCUGAUCUAUACACUUCUAGCCCCGAUUAAGUGAUUUCAUCUAAUUCUUACAAAGUUGCAUAUGUACUCUUGAGGAUACAAGAUUAUUUCCAAGAAAAUGGCCAGUUUGUAAAUGUAACCAAAUGUAACAACUUCCAUUGUUUCCUAAUUUAUUCUCCCUACUAAAUCUUAGUACUUCAAUGUA